GCUGCUGCCGAUCGUUCACUUCUUUCUAUUUUGUUUGGGUUUUUUGGGGUUUUUUUCCAUCUGAGAAAAUGUCAACUCGAGACAGAAAAGUGAUGCGGAGGAAAAUGAGAAAAGACUGUUUGAAAGAUCCAGGCGAGAAAUAAGAAGCAGGAAGAUUUCCUUCGGCUGAAUUUAAUCUCCUCAAAGUUUGUGUUUGUGUUUAUUUUUACAUGAUUAUUACAGUAUUUGUUCUUGGCCUGGUUCCAAACAGAGGUAGAAUGCGGCGGGAGAACGAAUGUGCACGAAUGGAACAAAAACAAUCCCAGACAGCUUCUGUCUCCGGGUCAGAUUUUCGUGAGGAGCUGAUCAACCUGUGAUCAGCUCUCUGCGGGAUUCGAACCCUACGUCGUUCCAGACUCUGUGUGUGUGUGUGCGCGCCCGUCAGGCUGCGGAGGUAAAAAGUUUCACGUCGAGGUGUUUUUGUUUUUUGUGUGUGAGAAAAGGUUCGGUCUGACUGUUCCGUAUCCAGGGCUGCAACAGGCUGCACACUGACGCCGCGGGCUGUGGCAUCGAACACAUACGCAGCUCUGUCAGUCGACGGUGAUUUUUUUCUCUCUCUCUCUCUUAAAAAACACCACACGAGGAUCGAACUUUUUCUCUUUUUUUUUUUUUUUCUGGAGGUUUCCUGCGACAGAAGCACGGAGUGCAGCUCUGGACUUUAUGAAGAUCGACACACAGUUGUUGGUUUCCCCUCGCAGAGAUGCCAGUGCGUGCCGUGACCACCAGGUUCAUGUACAAGGGACUUUGCACUAUUCCAGAUGUCCUCUCCUACCGGCCCCCUGUUACCCUGCCUGAGGAUGAGGUGGAAGAGAUACGUGAGGCUUUCAAAGUGUUCGACCGCGAUGGGAACGGCUUUAUCUCCAAGCAGGAGUUAGGAACGGCCAUGCGUUCGCUGGGCUACAUGCCCAACGAGGUGGAGCUGGAGGUCAUCAUCCAAAGACUGGACAUGGACGGCGACGGCCAGGUCGGCUUCGAGGAGUUCGUCGCGUUGCUCGGGCCCAAACUCUCCAGCACUGGGAUGCCGGACAAGUUCCACGGAGCGGAUUUUGAUUCCGUGUUUUGGAAGUGCGACAUGCAGAAGCUGACGGUGGACGAACUGAAGAGGCUUCUCUACGACACGUUCAGAGACCACCUCACCAUGAAAGACAUCGAGAACAUCAUCAUCACUGAGGAGAGCCACCUGAACAGUACAGAGGCCCAUGUGGCCAUUGACACGAGUCCGACACAACAGGAAAAACACACAUGUGUGCGCAAAAGCCUGAUUUGUGCCUUCGCCAUUGCGUUCAUCAUCAGCGUGAUGCUCAUCGCAGCCAACCAGAUGCUCCGCAGAGGGAUGAAGUAGGUCGUCCGCCGAUCCCGACCCAGACACGCGGGGGAGCCGGAGAAAAAAACCAAAUGUGAAUCCAAAUCCUGCCCAUGUUGAAUGUUUUAUUCUCUACAACACACACACACACACAC